CGGCCCAGCUCGGCCCAGCCCGGCCCGGCCCGGCCCGGCGGCCCUCGGCGCCCAGCCCGCUGCCCGCCCCGGCCCGCGCCGGCCGAGCCGCUCCCGCUGGGCGCCCUGACGGGGUCCGGCCCGGGGGCGGAGGUCGCGGCCGUCGACGAUGGGGAAAUCCAACAGCAAGUUGAAGCCCGAAGUUGUGGAGGAGCUGACCAGGAAAACCUACUUUACCGAGAAGGAAGUCCAGCAGUGGUACAAAGGCUUCAUCAAGGACUGCCCCAGCGGGCAGCUGGAUGCGGCGGGCUUCCAGAAGAUCUAUAAGCAGUUCUUCCCCUUUGGAGACCCCACCAAGUUUGCCACAUUUGUUUUUAACGUCUUUGAUGAAAACAAGGACGGCCGGAUCGAGUUCUCUGAGUUCAUCCAGGCAUUGUCGGUGACCUCGAGGGGGACGCUGGACGAGAAGCUACGCUGGGCCUUCAAGCUCUACGACUUGGAUAAUGAUGGCUACAUCACCAGGAAUGAGAUGCUGGACAUUGUGGACGCCAUUUACCAGAUGGUGGGGAACACCGUGGAGCUCCCCGAGGAGGAGAACACCCCUGAGAAGAGGGUGGACCGGAUCUUCGCCAUGAUGGACAAGAACGCCGAUGGGAAGCUGACACUGCAGGAGUUCCAGGAGGGGUCCAAGGCAGACCCUUCCAUCGUGCAGGCGCUGUCCCUCUAUGACGGGCUGGUAUAGUCCCGGGCCCAGAGCCAGGAUGCCCGGGAACCACUCACCUCCUCCCCUGCCAUGAGGCCACCUCAGCCCCGACACCACCCUCUUGUGUCCACCCAGCCUCUCCCCGCAUCCACGCCCAGCCGGGCCGCCCUGGAGCCGUGAGGCCUGGCUCUCCUGCCCCUGCCCUGCGCCUGCCCGCUGCCUGAAGCCACUGGCUCCACUUGCCAACAACCUCCGCUUGUCCAGAAAACAGCAACACCGAACGGAAAAGCCCUCUGCGAAACCAAGGACACGGCUGCUUCGCAGGCAGCCCCUCUGUCCCUUCUGCUCUCCUGCGCGUGUGCUUUUGUUUUUUAUUUCAAACAGACAUUGAAAAAGAAAAAAAAAAACAACUACCUUCUGUGCAAAGACACAGACUGACAGAUGGGGAGAAGGCCUUGGGACCUCGGAGAACUGUGCCUGCUGCCUCGGCUUCCGGCAGCCAGGGGAGCCACCGACAGGCAGGCCCUCAGCCACGGGUGGGCUCGGGGUGUCGGGGGGCCUGAUGAACGUUAUUUGUGGUCCCAUCCUUGAGCAGCAAGACCACCUGCGUGGCUAGGAUGAUUAAUUCUGACGAUUUGUUUUGUGAUAACAGUAUUGUGCUUUUUGUGGGGAAAGUGAGGAUUUUUUUUUUAUACAUAUAUAAUUGAUAUCUUUUA